CCGAGUUUUCCCGGACAGUUUACUAAACUUUUGAACAACUUUUACGCGAAUUUUCACGGCCCAGGUUAUCUCUUGUGUUGCAGAACUGAAACUCGCUCAAACAGAAGAAGGCUUAGCGUGGAACCAGCUUCUAAACUGUCCCGUCUAGCGGCCUAACCGGUGCGCCCCCCUCCCACAACAGACGACAUUUUUGAUCCAGGGGUUUAACUUCAAGCCACAACAAUGCAGUGUAGACUGGUGUUUGUCGCAGUUUGUUCCUUCUUCAUCUUACCAGCAUGUCAGGGCCAGGGCGACCCUGUCCAGAUGCAGCAGCAACAGCAACAACUACAGCCGGACAUUCCUCACCCGCCAGGUGCUCAGGCAGCGCACGCCCAGCCAGGCCAGGCGGGGCAGCCGGCCUCACGUGCCGCCCACGGUCAGGCAGCCGUGCCGGCCCAGCCCGGGGCUCAGCCCGCCUUCCACCAGGGCAGCUUACCUGACCCCGGCACCACUGGGCAACAACCGCGAGAGGCACCAAACCCACUGCGCAGCAGAGACCAUGUACAAGACUUAGAUCACAUUAAGGAACACCUGGACCCUUUAGUCGGGAAGUCCACAGCUGAGAUGUCAGAGGAAGAGCUACAGUUCCACUACUUCACCCAGCACGACUACGACAAGAACAACCGGCUGGACGGCAUCGAGCUGGUGUCCGCCAUGACGCACUUCCACGACGAGGACCACGACAAGGGCCACGACGGCGUACAGCUCAGCGAAGACGAGAUCACGUCCACCAUCGACCAGAUCUUACGAGACGACGACAGGAACAGGGACGGGUUCAUCGACUAUGCAGAAUUUAAGGCGUCUCAAACAAACGAGUCCUAAAGACUACAGAUACUGUAGUCUCUAAAGCAAUACUUGCCAUACUUAGGUACUUAGUAGUAUUAGUCUACCCACUUGUAUACAAUGCAAUGUUUAUGAUCUUAGUUAUACAAGGUAGCAGGUCAACUCGACAAGUUGGAGAGAGAGAGCUUGAAGUAAGAA